UGGUACCAACGUAAUCGACUUUUUUGGAGAUUUGAUGAAGGAAUUAAAUUGGAUCAUCAAUCUUGGUAUAGUGUAACACCAGAAGGAAUUGCAAGACAAAUUGCUGAAAGAUGUCGGUUGGUGAUUGUUGAUGCUUUUUGUGGUGCUGGUGGCAAUGCUAUCCAAUUCGCAUCUACAUCAGAUAGAGUCAUAGCCAUAGAUAUUGAUCCCAACAAAAUCGCUCUAGCUGAACAUAACGCAACUGUUUAUGGAGUAGAAGAUAAGAUUGAGUUCAUAUGCGCAGAUUUUAUUGAAUGGAUUCAGAAUCAAGAGAAAGGUUCUGUAGACGUGAUCUUCUUAUCACCUCCAUGGGGAGGAGUAGAUUACCUUUCUUUCAAUUCACCAAACAAAUCUCAUAAUCAAUCAAAACCAAGCGAACCAACUGGAUUCUAUCCACUAACAGAACUCCAACCCAUCCCAGGAAAAGAACUUUUCUCAAUCACAAGUAAAGUAACCCCUAAUAUAGCAUUCUAUCUACCAAGGAAUCUUGAUGUGGAUCAGGUGGCUGACCUUGUGGAUCAGGAUGUGAAAAUUGAAGUUGAAGAAGCUUGGAUGACUUCAAAGUGUAAAGCUGUAACUGUCUAUUUUGGUGAUUUGGUGGCUAAGACUGUCACUUGA